AAAUGUACGUUGGACAUGGUGGCAGCUGUUGGAUUUGGGAUAGACGCACAAAUCCAGAAUAAUCCAAAGUCUGAAUUUGUUCCCCAUACUGCUGAAUUCUUUAACGUUAGUUCCGCCAGAGUCAUUGCAGCUCUAAUUGCUAUAGUGACACCUGUGUUGGGCCCAUUGGUAGUAAAAUCUAAAAUGGGAGCAAUUUCAGCCGAAUGUGAUGCAUUCUUUAAGAACAUAAUGACUCAAGCCAUAGCAAAUAAAAAGGCUGAUUCAAACAAAAAUAAUGAUUUCCUGAAUAUUAUGCUGAAGACUCAGGAUGUUGAGGACGAAGACAAAAGACUCUCAAAUGAUGUGAUUUUGGCAAAUGCAAUCAU